UUUGCCUAACUCACAGAGCCCUCUGCAUUCCAUCAGUGAGGAGUGGCUCUCCCUCACCCUGGAUCUCCAGGGCCUUCUCUCCCCUUGCUCUACCACCCCUACCACACCUGCCACCUCUGUUUGCAGCACCCCGGUGCCCCCUCCCCCUCCCCCUUUCCCUAUCUGCCUGCUCCCUGGCCUGGGCUCUGACAGCCCUCUGGCUAGUGGUGUCACCCCACCCGCUCCACCUAAACGUGGCCUCACCCCUCCACCAAGGAUCCAUCACCCCACAGCGAGGCAUGGGGUCAGCUCUUUGGACUAUCACCUUUGCUCCCCACUCACAUGCCAGAGCCCUCUUCCCCUCCGAGCUCUGAUCCUCCUCCUCCUCUGAGUGGCAGUAGACCAAGAGGCAUAGAGGAGAAGCAUGUAUGGCUUUUCCCAGAACAGACAAAGUCAGACUAUUCCGUGCAAGCCUCCUGCUCUGCUCAAUCCACCCCCUACAGGGGAAAUGAAGAAUGGCAGGUGGGCACAGGCCAGACUGGACUGAAUAAACUGGGCCCCUAUGAUGAGCUCUUGUCCAUGCCUCUGAACAGCAGAACAAGGUCUGAGGAGAAGGUUGUGAUGUCCCAGCACUUGGACAGGGAAAAUUCUGUUAUGUGCAGUGAUGAAUCAAAGAGCAUGGAGACGACAGUACAUGAGCCAAUCUGUCUUACUACCCAGAGUCAGUUCUCGAUCGGACCACAAAGUUCUGCUAACUCAGUGUCAGAUAUCUAUGGAAAACAGACGCAGGACAUCCUCUCUAGUGUAUUUGGUAAUUCAUCAAAAGCGACACAUGGUUACUCCGAUUCAAUCAAUUCCAUUAUCGAUGCAGGAUUACCUGAGUUGUAUAUACAGGAAGAUGAAGAGGAGGAGCCUUCCUGGCAGGAAGUAGCAGAUAAACACUCAAAGCCAAUCGCAGAUCAUUGUAGUGGACACUUGGCUAAGGCUUUGGAUCCUUUUGGUAGCUCUGAGUCAUCUGCCCCGACUUCUGUUGAACCACUUAAUAUUUUAGAUUCCAGUCCUCCUACUCCAACCCUCUCCUCCCUCUGGCUUUCCUCUCCAAAAGCUCUGUCUUCUGCUUUCACUCCUGUCCGCCCCACUCAAAUCUGCCCUCCUCCCCUUGCCCUCCAAUCUAUUUGUUCAACCCUGCCCGGAUCCCUCACUCCUCUAUCACUUCCUUCAUGCUCGACUGCCACCUUACUCCCUACCUUAACAAAAUGCUCUCAUCAUUCUCCUCACCUUUGUCCCACAUUAGUACCAGCCUUACAAGCCCAUAGCAUUCCACCAUUCUCUUCUUCGUCUGUUGCCUUAAUGCAUCACGAGGAGCCCGGAAUUCCAGCACCCCAUUCUGCACCCCGGCCAUUGCCCUCUCCCUCUCCCUCUCUCCCUCCUUCUCCAAUCUCCCCUUCUCCGUCCACUUGUUGCACCUCUCAGGAGGCUGCUGUGUCCAUUCCGUCUACACCUCCACCUGUACUGCCGCCAUCUUGUGCUCUCUCCUCCUCACCAGGGCCCAGGCCACCUCCCUGUGCGUCCUCACCUGGCCCACGCUCGCUCACAGGGCCCUCCCCUCGUUUACCUCUCCGCCCCUCCUCCCCAAUCUCUUUUCCUCCUCCUUCCUCUCUCCCCACGUCCUCCCUCUUCCUUGACACCCUGCUGCCCACUAUCCCAGCAUCUCCUCCUUCUCCUUCCUCUCCCUGCACUCCUCCUCCUCCCUCCUCUCCACUCCCUCUGUCCAUGCCCUCUGAGCCACAGGCCUCAGCACCUCCAUCAGAGAAAUGCCCUCGUUACCCAGUUCCAAUCACAUAUGAUUCUUCCUCCUCUGCAAAAGACACCUCCAUUGCAUCAUCACCUCAUCCUCUAUCUCAUUUUACUUCUAUCUCUCCCCUGCCAUCCUCUGCACCCCCAUCUGUAGCUGCUCCAUUUUCAGUGCCCACCUCCACUUCUCCGCCCCCCACUGACUCACCAACACCUGAUCCCUCAUCACCUCCCACCUCCCAUUCUCCUGACAUCGCUCCGGCGUCUACUCGCUCGUGUCCCUCUAUGGACGACGCCCCCUCCCCUUCUUCCGCUGUCUCUGCUCCUCCUCCACUCCUUCUCUCAUCCUUCCCUUCUGUCCCCAUUCCCCCUCUCCCUAACACUUCAGACUCUGCUCCCUCUCUUUCUCCCCGUGUGGAGCACAGGUCUCCUCAGAUCAAGGUAAAGCACCGGUGUCCGAGUCAAGCAUCCGCCUGCUGCUUUCCUCCAUUGUUAAUGACUAACUAACCUGUGAAGCUCUGGGUCAUUCUGAGCAUGGUGGGCAGUCUGAUUCUGUGCAGAGUGUUUUGUUGUGUGAGAAUGCUUAAGGAAGCUUAAGGGUCUUUGACAUGAACUGACAUUGAUAUGAGGUUGUCGAUUUUGCUGAUAACCCCUUUGUGAUUUUGAUGGCUGUAUAAUUCUGUGGAAGAGUGGAGAAGGUGGUUGCUAGAAAAGCCUCAUACGUUGCACGCAUUUGCCAUUAUG